GCGCUUUGUGGAUCCUGCUUCCUGCCAACUCGGAUGCUAGUAAGAACUGUAGGAUAUCGAUUUAUCAAACAGAAGGUUCACCGUAUUCUCACUGUACAGAUGAGGGUCAUUCAAGCAAACAAUUGGCCAUCGUACAACUGCGGUUGAGCCGCAGUUCGAACUGUCCUGAUACAGAUCGAGAAGCACAGUAACGUCCUGUGUUGAUCUUUCCGAGUCAAUAACUUGUUGCAAUAGCAUGGUGGUGAGAAAUAUUGCCGGUUCAGGCUGAUCUCCUGUAGUGGUGUUCACAAAGAUCGAGGACAGUUCCUAUUACAGAUCCUGAUAUGCCAGGCCCACAGAUGCCAGGGGAACCUCCAUCGGACCUGCUAUUGUUUGACUUGCACCGGCCCCUUCCAGUUUCGCCCUGAACCUUCUCCCGCCCGUCGAAAUGGUAUAAAUAUCUGUUCCCUCUAAGCUGCUACCGCUCUGUUACCUACUUUUCAACUUCCUUUCGUUUUACCCUCGUCAUGGCCCACCCUUUAAGUCGUUACCGCCUCCGCCUUCUUAAUGAUUUUAUUCGCAUCGCUUUUGUUCCAUUUCUUAUUUUUUUGUUCAUUCUCUCCGUGCUUCACGUUCGUCCUGGGUUUCUCCUCCUUCCAUUCUACCUUCCGUUCGUCUUUUCCUGUGCAUUAGUCCGAAAUUUCUACUCGGAUUAUCACCGCCGUCAGGAUGCCUACGCACGAGGAGCCAAGUUACCACCACAGGUUGUCGGAAGGUGGCCUGGGAACCUUGAUGUCCUCAUCCAAAGGCGUAGGGCGGCUCAAUCUGACUACCUCGCUGAAUUCUACCACGAGCUCUUCCAAAAAUACGAAUCAACGACGUUGAACCUCAAGCUUCUUUGGAUCGACAUGUACAUCACCAUGGACCAAGAGCACAUCAAGUACAUUACUGCAACGGGAUUCGAUCGCUUCUGGAAGGGACGACUCAUCAAAGAGAUGGUCGAACCUUUCCUCGGCGCUGGGAUCUUCAAUCGCGAUGACGAGGAAUGGAAGGCGCAUCGGUCCCUCGCUCGUCCUUUCUUCUCCCGCGAUCGUGCAACAGACUUCGAGCUCUUCGAACGAUACACUAACACUACACUUACCAUAAUCUCUUCCUUAUCCGCCUCGGGCAAGGCUGUCGAAGUGCAGGACCUUUUCAGCCGCUUCACUCUCGAUGCCGCAGCAGCGGCACUCUUUGGGACAGAACUGGACAGCUUGCGUUGCGCUCUCCCCGUCCCAGGUCAAAGUGCCGGCACCCGAAUGAAGAUAGUAACGACGGACAAGUUUGGUUCCUUCGCUCAAGCGUUUGAAGCAUGCCAAGAUGUCUAUAUGGGGCGAAUCACCAAGGGUUACUUCUGGCCUAUCACGCAAAUCACUCAUGACGACAUGACGCCUCAUGUGAAAAUCAUUGAGCAAUGCAUCCAUCCGAUGGCUGCUCGUGCAGUUGAGCGCAAGGCCGAACGCAAACGUGUUGGUAUGACUUCGGCCGAGAAGCAAGAUGUAUUCCUUGACCACCUUGCAGAGCACACGGAAGACCCGAAACAUAUUCAAGAUCAGCUCCUGAACAUUCUCCUCGCCGGGCGUGACACAACUUCGUGUCUUCUCACGUUCAUUACGUAUUUCAUGGCUUUAUAUCCAGACGUAGUUCGUCGAAUGCGCGCAGACAUUAUGGAACAUGUCGGCUCUGGCGUUCCUACAUCUGAAAACAUUAAAGCACUUCGUUACGUUCGAGCCGUUAUCAAUGAAACCCUUCGCCUAUUUCCUCCUGUGCCUCACAACAUUCGCGAGACCAGACACGAACCGGUCGUCUUCCCUAAGACUGAUGGUACCUUUGGGUCGCCACAAGAUAACGACUCGAUCUACAUGCCUGCAAACACGCCUAUCAUGUUCAUUCGCUUCUUGACUCAACGCAACCAAGCUCUCUGGGGUUCGGAUGCCGAGCAAUUCGAUCCCGAUCGUUGGCUGGACGAUCGGUUGGCACGGUUUCUCCAAAAUCCGAUGAUGUAUACGCCCUUUAAUUCGGGACCGAGGGUCUGUAUUGGGCAGAACUACGCAUUGAACCAAGCGACGUAUUUCCUCGUCCGCUUGCUGCAACGCUUCGACUCGUUCACUCUGGCACCUGAAUGUCAACCUGAAGGGUCCUUACCACCACAAGGGUGGAAACACGGACGAGGUCGACAAGCAAUUGAGCAAAUUGUACCUACCGCUGCGGUCUCCACUUACGUGAAGGUAUGUUCUACCACAUCACAUCACGUGCCUUCUUAUUCUCUAAUACACUACUUCUUCCGCUAGGGAGGACUCUGGGUCCGAUUCCACUCUUCAGAGAAAGACAUAUAAGGAGUAGGCCGACUACGUGCCACUUACGAAUCUUCAUGAUUGCCAAAUAUUUGAUUUUUAAUAUUGAUGAUUGCUACGGUUCGUUUUUAAUGAAUGGCUUCUGAUUCUGGACGGUCGUUACCUCUGUAUUUCGUAGAUUGCCCUACUUUAUCGCUAUCACCUUAUAUACCCACCUGUGGAAUUGUAGUUAUAUCUAGGCUCAGGGCAUUCUGUCAGAUGUACUGUGUCGACGUUCACUCGGCCCGCUCAGGCCCAUCGUACUUCUGGUCUUACAAUUAUAACUAUACCCACGCUGUUUCUAUUUCUUUCAUUAGGAAAGACAUUGAUAGAUUGCAUACUAUGCAACUCUGUCGUCCUUAUGAUCUCGCUCCAUAACAUCUACAAUAUGCCCAACGAAUGGUGGAAGGCGAACGCCAUGAGACUCUGACUAUCCAUGUAGCAAUUGUGGUGCAGAGUACAAAGAAAUGUUCUUCAUGCCUGGAGAAUGUCCUGAGCUUUUACGGUACCCUACAGCUCAACACUGGUGCUUGAUAACUGAGCUCCCCACCCUUCAAUUCAAGUAAUCUUCCUCGUGAAUUAUACGUUUAGAUUUGUAUCGUCGUAUUCCGACGAUAUGCACAGCCCUAGACCAGGCAAGGCUGCCCCAUCUGAGGUAGAGUCAGAUACAGGAGUACCAGCUGUUGGACUUGAGUGAUGUCGUCAACCCCCGGUGCGACACGAGCCUAUUGCUGUAUUUCUGGUCUUACUCCGAUGUACC